AUGGAAGGCCCACAAGAGUGUGAUCCGAGGGGUUCUUAUCUCAAUAGACACAAGAGAGCUGGGGCGGAAUGUAUACGGAGCAUCCUAGACGGCAUUGCGACUGUGGAACUACUCCACAAACAAACCUUCAGCGACUCAGACCUACGUGAGCUCCUCUCGCUCAGAAAGGACCUAGCGACUCUCAUCACUCAACAACGUUUCUCCAUGAUACAAAAGUCUAGGCGCUUCUUCAAUGAACAUUCAAUGAACAUUCCAAUAAGUGUGGGCGCCUACUGGCGAAAAUGCUCAAAAAACGGCAAGAGAGAUUUCAUAUACAUAGACUCCGCGUGGGCCCCACCUGUCACUCCGAACACCCAUCUGAAAUGGCAGAACUAUUUCAUGCCUACUACACAAAGCUCUAUAAUAUCUCCAAAACUGCAGAACGGGCACUCUCCGCUAGACAACUCGUGA